AUGUGCACUUGGCACCAGGACGCCCUAGGCCACAGUUCAAUGAUUGACUUUGUCAUCGUCUCAUCGGAUUUGCGUGUCUUGGACACUCAGGUGAAGAGAGAUCGUUCAUGCCCGACUGGUUGGUCUCUGUAUGGAAGUCGGUGUUUCCUCUUCCAGAACAUUCAGAAGGACUGGGCUUCUGCUGAGCUCGAUUGCAUUGCAUUAGGUGCAAAUCUGGCCUCCAUCCACAGCAGCGAUGAGCACACCUUCGUCAAGGACCUGGUCAACAGUAAGAAAGGAUCGUACCAGAGAACCUGGGUCGGAUGCCACGAUGGUGUGAAGGACGGUGUGUGGCAGUGGAGUGACGGGUCAAAGUUCGACUACGUCAAGUGGGGCAGCGUGGAGCCAAACAACUAUGGUGGAAACGAAGACUGCAUGGAGAUCAACAUUGCUGGAUCAAUUCAGCACAUGAACGAUGAAAAGUGCGAGACUAACAGAUACUCCAUCUGUGCCAAAAAYGCCUAACUCCUCCCUCCUCUUCCUGAGAAACCCAACAUGACCAUGUGACCUUCUCAAUGGUGAUGUCACUUCCUCCAGGAUGUCAGGCCUCGAUGGCGUCGUUGCUGGAAGAUACAAGGAUAAAAUCUAAUUUCCAAUAAAUCUAUUGCAUGAAACA